CUCAUCGCUCUCAUCGCUCUCAUCUCAACUCAUCGCCACUGUCCACUCUCUGAUCACUCGCAGCAAACUCCCCCCCACUUGGAACCCAAUCAUCUCGCUAACACAUGUAAGCCACCACAUACCAUGAGAGAGAGAGAGGGAGAGAGAUGUAUUCUCGCCCCACUGGCCAUCACAGUGGCUCGGUGGCGCUCAGAGACCCUCAGUGAGGCCUUGGAUUCAUUUGCGAAUUGGAGGGAAAUACACAUUCCCCCUCAUUCCCCUCAUCUCGCUCCCAAACUCCUCCCACACAACACGCUCACACUCAACAGUUGUUGUCAUCUCCACCAUCCACUCUUCACUCUUGACUCUCAUCACCACUCUCCUCAAUCUCCUCCUCCCAUUCAACACACUCACCACCAUGUACCACUCCUCCCCCCUCUGCUCCUCAUCCUCCCCCCAAGAGUCCACCACCCUCUUCCACCCAAAGCCUGUCCGCCCCGCCUUCACAUCCUCCUACUCAACCCCACUCCUCCCUUCAUCCACUGGCACCUCCCCAACUUUCCCCUCCACCGCUAGCUCUUCCAGCGCCGGAAACUCGCCAUCCCCACCCCACCCCCCAUGCCUCAAGCCCUCCCUCUCCUUCUCCUCCAAGCCUCGCUCAAAGUCCAAGAAGAUGAGCAGCACCACCGGCAAGCACAAGAACGUCCAGGUCUCCCUCGAAGUCAAGGUCGAGCGGUCCCGUGGUUUCCACGCCUUCUUCGUUCCUCUUGCGCGCAACAUGCCCCCUGCACCACCAUCCAGCCCCGUGUUUGGCCAGAGCGCCAACGAGCAGCAGGGCGCCUACGAACCUCCAAAGGUUGGCGAGGAGCGCUGGGUCGAAGACGUUCAGCGGAUGGACCUUGAUUAAUCCGUGGGCCGCAUCACUAUUAGGGCGAACGCUCGCCCCGGUCUAUCCUCCCUCGACUUUUGCACACACACACACACACACCCACCACACAAGAGCACGUCCACAGUUCCACCUUCCCACCCCCUGCCCUCUCGGCGCACGGCCCACACGGCCCAAAUGCCGCCCGCCACACUCGCACACUCACACACUGCACAUCCCCGUAUGGCCAUAUGCCCCCGCUCUCUGUCCGCGACCACCGCUGGAGCGACUAUCACCUAAACUACUAUCCCACCACCCACCACCCACCACCCAAAAACUAGCAUAGCCCACCGCGGCGCCGCGGGUCGAUCUCGCGUCAUUGUUUUAUUAGCACACUGUUACCACGUAGGAGCUCGUGACUCGGAGCCUUUUGUACCAAAGUAUGUCACCGACUGGCUAUCGGGAUCUGGGAGAGGGGGUGAUGGGU